AGCUGCAACUUCGUAUUUGAUUUUAUUUCCUUUUUUUCCAUUUUUAGCUUUUUCCUCCAGAACUUGCCUGCACACAUCGGCUGGUUUUGUUCUCUGUAUGUUCGGUAAGACACAAGCUGUUGAAAUGCACAGCCAAUAAAAUAAUCCACCACGGGUAGAGAGACUUCAUUCCUGAUUUAGCAGCUUCAGUGCUCGAAGCCAGACUUUCGUACUGCUACAAAAAGUUGCAAAAGAGGCUCGCCCGGCGGCGCGCGCGGCCGCACAUGCACAUCUCCCGCGCGUGCGUCUCAGAGUCUGCAUACGCUGAGUGCUGCUGCUGCCUUCAUCUUUCUGCAUGUCCAGGAAUUACCAAUUACUUACAUAAAUGAAACGACGCUCUUGUUUCAAUGCAUUAUUUUUUACAGACCUGCUACAAUUGUCUUUUCAUUGCUUCAACUCUGACUGAAAUGGGAUGUAUUCAAAGUAUUGGAUGCAAAUCCAAAGUGUUUCGAGAAAACAUUCUGGUGACUGAAGUCAAGGCGUCAAUAGACACCAGCCCUACCAGCAUUGAUGAGACCUCCAAUGUGGUCCUCCGGUACCGGACCCCUCACUUCCGCGCAUCAGCCCAGGUUCUGGUGCCCCCUAUAAGCUGCAGAGAGACUUGGGUGGUGGGAUGGAUUCAGGCAUGUAACCACAUGGAGUUCUAUAACCAGUACGGAGAACAGGGAAAGUCAAGUUGGGAGCUCCCAGAUCUUCGAGAUAACAAAAUCCAGGCAAUAAGUGACUCUGAUGGUGUGAACUAUCCUUGGUAUGGCAAUACAACGGAAACAUGCACCAUCACAGGACCUACCAAAAAGGACACAAAAUUCACAGUCAGCAUGAAUGACAACUUUUACCCUAGUAUCACGUGGGCAGUCCCCAUCAGUGACAGCAAUAUUGCACACCUAACGAGAAUAUACCGGGACCAAAGUUUCACAACAUGGCUAGUAGCAAUCAAGACCACCACUGAUGACAUGAUUGUUCUACAGACCAUCAAGUGGAAGAUGAAACUGGAGAUUGCAGUGGAUCCUACCAAGCCUUUGGGUCAACGUGCCAAGCUACAGGAGCCCAUCGCCCAAGAGCAGCCUCGUAUCCUAAGUAAGAAUGAACUGAUCCCACCCAAUGCACUCGUGAAGCCCAAUGCCAAUGAUGCCCAGGUGUUAAUGUGGAGGCCUGCUGUUGGGGAGCCCAUAGUGGUCAUCCCUCCAAAGUACUGACUGGCAGGCAAGCUACACUGGGCAAAAGUUGAAAGAUUUAGCAUAUUGCACAGCUCAGCACGAUGCACUAUCUGCCUAGGGGGCUGCAGGCCGUUCAUUGCCUUCUUAACGCAGAGGCGAUCACUGUGCUAAAGAAACAAGCCUUCACUAAUGGAAGUCAUUUUGGUUUUUGAAUGCCACUUGACAAACUCUCUAGACUGUCUAAGCUCUUCUUACGGUCAGCUCACCAGCUUGCAUAAACAGAACAAAUUAUGAACUUCUCUUUAUAUUUUUAAAGAAAACUAAUAGAGAUGUCUCAUUCUGUUACUCUUGUAAUGCAUUAGGAGUGGUUGACAUUGCAGCUCCAACUCAUUGCGGCCUUAUGUUGAUCUUGCUUCUCAUUGCCAAACGUUUGCCUUAAAUGUAGUAUCCCUUUUCUAUAAAUAUAUACCCAGGAAUCAGUAUGGGCAGAGUAUCAGUACCUGAGAGUUUUAAGUGGACAAUACCUUUUUGUAAAAAGAAAGAUUUGAAUGUAGAUGGUAAGUUUAUUGAAGUGUAUUAACCAUUCAGUGGGAUAGGAAUAUAGGAAUACCACAAGACACAGGAAGUGGCAUACACCCUGGAUCAAAAUCCUUCAUUAUUAGCAUGCUCUGAGAGUAGCAGUAUUUUUGUUGUUUCUGUGUGGUUCUGUGCUCAAAUAUGGCAGUACUCCUGAAAGGAGUUUGUGAUGGAUUUUAUUCAUAUCACUCUAGGUUAAAUGUCCUAGUCUAAUAUUUGCAGUUU